AUGUGGUGGAAACAGCAUCUGACAGACGUUGACAUUGUGCUUUCUCCCUCUCGCUCCCUGCAUCAGGCAUCCCUGACGGAGGUGAAGAAGACGAGAGGGGACGUUCCUGAUAUUCUUCCAGAGCCUGAACCGGAGCCAACCAGCCCAGUGUCCGACUUUGAAAACUCAUACAACUAUGUCUUGUCCAGACUCGCUGGUAUGGACCAGGCCAUCCACAAGCUGAAUGUUGGUCACUACACUCUGGAUGUUAAAGUCAGCCAGUUGAUGGAUCGUCUGAUUAGGAUGGAUGCUAAAGUCGGGGAGCUGGAGGACAACAUCCGUGAGGUCUACCAGCACAGCAAAGACAACCGCAAGGAGACGGGAAGACUGGAAGGCUGCCAGAAAGGACGCAGGUUGGGAUACAAAUGUUAUCUCGUGUACAAUAGUUACGAGGACUACGCCGGAGCGUCCAGGAAGUGCAUGGAGCGCGGGGGCCGCAUGGCGAUGCCCCGUGACCGCAAGGAGCAGGAGGCCCUCGCCGACUACGUGAAGGCUUUCUUCAACCCGGGGAACUGGCCCGUCUGGCUGGGCAUCAACGACCUGCGAUCCGAGGGCAUGUACCUCUUCGACGACGGGACGCGGGUCUCGUACUUCCAGUGGCGCAGACACUUCCUGUCCAGCCAGCCGGACGGAGGGAGGCGGGAGAACUGUGUGGCGAUGUCGUCAGACGACGGCGACUGGUGGGACCACUACUGCGAUCGGACCAUGAACUAUCUCUGCGAGUUUGAUGACAGGGAGGCACUUUAAAACGCCAAUUGAUGAUCAAUUAUAAAUACAAUUCCAUAAUAUUUUCAAAUAACUUAUUUCCCUUUAAAAGACAUUUUUAAUAUACCUGGAUUGGUUGUAUUCAAAGGUGAGGAAGUGUUUAAUUCUAACUAUAGUGUGUCUUAAUAUAAAUAUCCAGUCCACUUCCAUAUGCAGUUAGUGUAGCAAUGAUUGAGCAGCGUCAGAAAAAACAUUUGCCAUGAAAAUAUUUAACGGUAUUUUAGAGUUUUAGGAGGUGAAACUUUUCUCAAAUGCGCACAAAUUCAUGUAUCGCUAUUUACCGUAAAACUCAAAAAAGCAGAGGCAGGUUUCCUUUACUAGCCUGACCUAAAAGUUCUCAAUUAGAGGCCUGGAUUUUAUAGAAGUAAUUUGUUUAAAACCUCUUGAAGCCCACGAAGCUGCUUAGAUCACCUACACGGAUAUAAAUGUUUAAACUUUUGUCAAUAUGGACAUAAUUCACGUCGUUCGAUCAGUUAAGUUCUCCACAAUUCAAUCGAUCAGUUAAUUUUACGGAAACCACAAGCACCAAAGUAUCAAAUGCUCAAAAGAAUGAUUGAUUGUUAUUCAUUUUUAUACAAAUAAUAAUUACACUGGUUUGAAUAGUAUUAUUAAUAGAAUUAAAAGCCUGUUCCUUAUAGAAACCUGUUGCAGAUAAAGGAGUUCAGUGAGAAAUAAAAGCUCUGACUGUCACUUUAAGUUUUACGGUAAGUUCUGAAAGUACUGAAUAAGACUUAAUCAGAUUAUGUUAGUAUUAUAAAUAUUAUAUUACUCGUGCAGCUGCAGUGAUAUGAAUGUAAACCAGUCAGGACUCUAUUCUAAAUAUUUGUUCAAAGUUUCCAACAAAAAAAAAAGGGGAAAACCUGAAAAGCUGGAGGCACUUUCUCCAGAAUCAGCACAUACUGAACCUCUUGAAAAUAUAAAUCAGUGUGUAUUUGGGCUCAACAGGAAUUACACACUGUUAUUUCUGAUCUUCGAAGAUAUUUCAACAAAGUCUAGUACCGAGUGUUAUUGCCCUGUUAGACUGCUGAUUCUUGUCUGGCCGGAACAUUUUUUAGAGCUGUUGUCUCACUUCUGAAUCACCAUUCAACCCCCCAACAUGACGCACCAUCCAUCACUGUAUGUAAAUGAGUCCUGAAUGAGAAAGUUGUACAUAAAAUGUUGAAUGUAAAUGUUCUUUCAUAAAUCUUUACUAAAGGU